AUCUUGAAUCUUCAAUUUGUUAUCUUUUUUGUUUUAUUUGUUACAACAAACAAACUCACUCCCUCAACUCACGCUCCAUUCAACUUGCACAACAAUACAUUUAACCUUACUCCCAAUAAUUAAGGGAAACAUUACUAAAACAUUUUUUCUAAAUUUAAAAUUAACCACAUUAACUUAAUCAUAUCCAUCCAAAUCACACACACAUCACCACUUGACUUCUUCUUUAACUAAUUAAUUACAUAAUUAAUCACACCUUCCUUACUUUUAGCUACUUAGCUACCACAUUUUAAAUUUCCCUUCACCCCUAUUUAUACUCCCUCUUACAUUUCAUUCUCACUUCAAGCCUUACUCAUUGUUGCAUCUCAUCAUAGUUUCAUAUUGUGUGUUUUUAGGUCAAGAAAAAUAUCAAUAAGAGAGGGUGUGAGGAAAAAACCAAUUCAUUCAUUCAUUCAUCUUACUAACAAAUCAUCCCCGACAUCCGACAUCAGAGAGAGUUUAAUAUAUAUAAUAAUAUUCAUACAUUUCGCUCACGAGAGUAUAUCAUAAACAUUAAUUAUUUCUUUAACCGGUUGAUGGCCACCCGUGUGAUCCCUCCAAGAAUUCUUAAGAAACUCCGAUACAACACCGCCACUAAACCAUUUCAACCUUCCCUCACCUCCCCCGCUCUCUCUCCUCCUAAUAUUCUCGACCAAAAACCGCCAUCAUCAACAACAACUGUAAUUCCUCCGGCCGUCGCUGAUCUUAACUUCCACGACGUCGAAAAACUCUUCUCUUACGUUCCAACUUCAAAACUUCUCCGAUCAACCGCCGUCCUCCAUGCUACUGCUGUUGAACCACUUGUUGAUGUUGGUACAUGGAUCAUGAGAUCUGAACUCAUGCAGACUAAUAAUCCUGUAAGAGACAUUGCUCUAUCCGCUACACGCGCCACAUUUUUCGAUCACUUUUGCGCCGGAGAAGAUGCUGUCACCGCCGGUAAAAGUAUUGCCGGUUUGAAUGAAUCUGGAUUACGUGGAAUGCUUGUUUAUGGCGUUGAAGAUGCUCAUGAUAACGAUGCUUGUGAUCGUAAUCUCAAAGCUUUUCUUCAUACCUGUGAUGUCAGCAGAUCGCUUCCUCCAUCUUCGGUGAGCUUUAACAUUGUGAAGAUUACUGCAAUCUGUCCAAUGAGUUUGCUAGAAAGAAUGAGUGAUUUGCUGAGAUGGCAGAAGAAAGACCCUUCAAUGGUUUUACCAUGGAAGCAAGAUUCGUUGCCGAUUUUCUCCGACUUAAGUCCAUUGUACCAUACAAGGAAGAGACCAGAGCCAUUAACUGCACAAGAAGAGAGAGAUCUUGAGCUUGCUAAUAAGAGAUUCCAAGAACUAUGUGAAAAGUGUGUGCAAUCCAAUAUUCCAUUGUUGGUUGAUGCAGAGUUUACAUCAGUUCAACCUGCAAUUGAUUACUUUACUUAUGCUGCUGCAAUUGUUCAUAACAAAGGCGAAAACCCAAUUGUGUUUAAUACAAUGCAGACUUAUUUGAAAGAUGCUAAGGAUAGAUUGUUGUUAGCAUCAAAGGCUGCUGAUAAAAUGGGAAUUCCAAUGGGAUUUAAGUUGGUUAGAGGUGCUUAUAUGUCUAGUGAAAGAAAAUUGGCUGCUGAUUUGGGUUUUGCUUCACCAAUUCAUAACACUAUUAAGGAUACACAUAAGUGUUUCAAUGAUUGUUCUAACUUUAUGCUUGAGAAGAUUGCUAAUGGCCCUGGUGGACUUGUUCUUGCAACUCAUAACAUUGAAUCAGGAAAAUUGGCUGCUGCAAAAGCACAUGAAUUGGGGAUUGGAAAGGUGAAUCACAAGAUGGAAUUUGCACAAUUAUAUGGAAUGUCAGAGGCACUUUCUUUUGGUUUAAGCAAUGCAGGGUUUCAGGUUAGCAAGUAUAUGCCAUUUGGACCUGUAGAGACUGUUAUGCCUUACCUCUUGAGAAGGGCAGAAGAGAAUAGAGGUGUUUUGGCUGCAUCAGGUUUUGACAGGCAACUGAUGAGGAAGGAGUUGUUUAGGAGACUAAAAUCAUCUGUGUUUUAAUUUUGUUGAAUUUGUUGAAUGAGUUGAUGGGAUGUAAUAAUGUAGGCAACAGGAUUCACACUUAUUGUUGUACAAAGUAGAGAAUCCUGAAUUUUGCUUGAAUUUUGCUUGAAUUUUGUGCCAUUCAAGUUUAUGAAAUGUGCAUAUUGUUUUAUGUGUAUUCAUUCUACUUGUAAGCACAUUGUGCCAAUGAAAUCAAAAAUUUGUUAUUUUUAUAAAGUA